CCCUGGAGAUGGGAUCCUAAGUCAGGACUGGGAAGAGGUGGUUUGGGGUUUAGUGCUGACCCGGAGCAGGAUGAAGCACAGUCCUGGCAUUGUACUAACUGGGAUUCAGAUUCUAGUUCUGCCAUGCAACUCCGGACAGAAAACGGAGCCUUUCAAAGCCUCUGACGGUUGGUUUUUCUGGUUUGUAAAGAACAGUAACUGCUACUGGUAUGGGCUGCAACUGAUGGCAGGCCAACAGUUGAGUGUUUCGCUCUCUGUGUCCCUCCUCCAGGGCUCAGGAGGGACUAUGUCUCCUGCCAUUGCUCUGGCGUUCCUGCCAUUGGUAGUGACGCUGCUGGUGAGGUACCGGCACUACUUCCGGCUGCUGGUGCGUGCAGUCCUACUGCGGAGCCUCCGAGAUUGCCUGUCGGGGCUGCGGAUUGAGGAGCGGGCCUUCAGCUAUGUGCUCACCCAUGCCUUACCUGGGGACCCCAGUCACAUCCUGGCUACUCUGGAUCACUGGAGCAGCAGCUGCGAGUACCUGGGCCACAUGGGGCCCGGCAAAGGUCAGAUCCUGAUGCGGCUGGUGGAGGAGAAGGCCCCUGCUUGUGUGCUGGAGCUGGGCACCUACUGUGGCUACUCCACGCUGCUUAUUGCCCGUGCCCUGCCCCCUGGAGGUCGCCUUCUCACUGUGGAGCGGGACUCACGCACAGCAGCAGUGGCUGAAAAACUUAUCCGCCUGGCUGGCUUUGAUGAGCGCACGGUGGAACUCAUUGUGGGCAGUUCCGAGGAGGUGAUCCCGCGUCUACGAGGGCAGCACCAGCUGAACUGGGCAGAUCUGGUGCUCCUGGCACACAGGCCCCGGUGUUACCUGCGGGACUUGCAGCUGCUCGAGGCCCAUGCCUUGCUGUCGGCUAGUGCCACGGUACUGGCUGACCAUGUGCUCUUCCCUGGUGCACCCCGCUUCCUGCAGUAUGCCAAGAGCUGUGGUCGCUACCGCUGCCGCCUCCACCACACUGGCCUCCCAGACUUCCCAGCCAUCAAGGACGGCAUAGCCCAGCUCACCUACAAUGGACCUGGCUGAGGCCCAGGACCAGCGGUUUUCAUUGAUGUUCCCCUACCCACCCACCCCAAACCCUCACAAUAUCCCCUCCUUUUCCUGUCUGUGGCCUAACACACGCUGGGCUCGGGAGGGA